GGAAGGGAGGGAGAUGCAUGAAGCUGAGGGACUGGAUGGUUAGGGAGGGGCUACAGUCCAGCCUCCUCCUCUGCUACUCCCUCUUAUGCCCAAGAACCCUUUAUGACGAGACCACAGCUCUAUGAGGGGCUGAGUACUUUAGUCCCCAAGUGCACAUUCUGUGCUCAGUUGCCUGAGGGCAGCAGUGUGAUGCAGACAAUGGAGAAUCCUCUCUUUUCUCUGAAAAGCACUUUUGAUAUUUGGGUGAACUCCAGUUCCACUUCCUGGGUGAUCGAUACAAUCCUUACCUUUCUGUGUGGACUGGGGCUCUUUUUCCUGAUCCUUCCAUUGAAUGGAGCAGAGGGGAAGAAGGAGGAGCAUCAAGAGAAAUGGAGCUUUGAAAGGCGGUUCUUCCUCCUAAAGCCUAAGCAACUAGAAAGAGGAAAAGCUUUACCCUCUUUUGUUAAGAAAUCUCAGCAAGUCUUUAGUCAGGUCACUCUUAACCUUCCGCAGGAGAACAGGUCUUUCUGGGCCCACAGCUCUGUUUCCAUCCUUCCUGAGGAUUUGGCCAGCCCUAAGGUUUGGGAGGAACUGGAGCACCAGUUUUCCAAAAGGUGCAUGCAGCAACAGUUUGGCCUGCCCUGCAGAAUUCGAGCAUCUCAGAAACUGAUGCAGCCUUAG